GUAUGAAGUAUUCAGUGGCUGGUUCAGCCAAGGACAACACAUGCACAUACACACACACACAUACACACUUACACACACAUGCACGUUUUAAUGUUGUGUGGAGAGGGAAGGUGCUUUGAGGGAAUAUGAGGAACGUUCUGCAGGAACGCUGUUCUGCUGGAUGGAGCUUUCCCUCAGAAAUGAGGAAGAUUUCUACGGCAGGAUAUGAGUCUGUCUGAACCCGUCUCAUCAGUCAAGCCGUCCUGUAUGUGCACAGCUGCUGCUGCCGAGGCCACCUACCACCCACCACCCACCUGCUCCCUCCUCCAGAUGCCCCGGGAACCAUGGGUAGUGUCAGCAGUCUGAUCUCGGGCCACAGCCUCCACACUAAGCACUGCAGGGCCUCCGAGCCCAGGCUGAAGAAGAACUGCAGGAAGGCCGGCCGCAGUCUGGACGGCCUGCUGAAGCAUGGCUUCACCGACCACGGCUCCAACAAUAACACAAAGACCGGCUACAGGUCCGGCAAGAGCGAGGACUUCUUCUACAUCAAGGUCAGCCACAAAACUCCACUGGACCAGAAACGAGGAGCUACGCCUGAACUGGAGCGUCUGCCUGCAAAACUAGAGAAGGGUUCUGAGAAGUCGUUGAUCCGUCCCACAGCUUUUAAGCCAGUUUUACCACGCAGCAGCAGCUCCUCGGUGGAGACCCACAACAACCUGAGCACCAUCCUGGGCUCAAGGAUCAGCCCCAUUGACCGACCCAAAGAUACUCAGGACCCAAAGCAAGAAAACAGCUCAGGAACCCUCUCAGACUCAGGGAGGAACUCCAUGUCCAGUCUUCCAACACACAGCACCAGCGGCAGCAGCCAGCUGGAACACCUAAGCACAUCCACAGGACACAUGCUCCGUUACGGAGGCUCCUCUCCGCACCCAGGCCUGGACAGGAGCACAGUAGGGUUGAAUAGAAGUUCUGAAUCCAGCUGGGUAGACAGUGGAGGAAAUAAUGCAGUCAAUGGGAAUAACAGCUGGAUCAGUAGCAGUGGCGAAGUUCAUGGAGAUAGCAGUGCUACAAAGCCCACAACCAGAUCUAUUGGCGUAUUAAGUGACGGUGUAUCAGGACUGACCGCUGUGAACAUGGAUGUCACUCCUGUUGACCCAGAAGUGACCCUGGACCCAAGUCCCACCAAGUCGGGCGGUGGCGUUCGUUCUCCGAUCACCACGGAUGAAUCUCUGAUCCUGCAGCUGGAGCGGAAGCUCCUGGAGCGAGAGUCGGAGCUGGCAGACCUGCAGUCGACGUUUGAGGAGAAGGAGUCUGACACCUGUCAGCUUUUUGAAGAAAAGCAGCGCUACUGCGCGGAGGAGAUGGCCGGGCUGAAGCAGCGCUGCUCUACCAAACUCCGACAGGCAUCUCAGCGUGCUGUGCGAGCGCAGCAGCUCCUGCAGGGGCAGGUGAUCCAGCUUCAGCAGGAUAAAGAUCAGCUCCAGGAGGAAGUGUACCAGCUAACACAGGAAAGAGAGGCAGCCGAGAACCAGCUGAGGGCCUACAAGAGCCAGCAGACACAGUUAUCACCCACGCUGGAGGAGACACAGUGGGAGGUUUGUCAGAAGACCGGUGAGAUUUCUCUGCUGAAGCAGCAGCUGAAGGAUGCUCAGGCUGAUGUGGGGAAUAAGCUGAGUGAAAUAGUGAGUCUAAAGGGCUCUCUCAGAGACUUGGGGAGCAGACUGGAGGAGCUGGAGCAGAAGAACAGGGAGUGUGAGGAGGCUCUACACACUCGCAGCACUGAAGCGGAGGUGUGUCAGAACGAGCUGCAGAGGAAGAAGAACGAGGCUGACCUGCUGAGGGAGAAGGUGGGCCGGCUGGAGACGGACAUUAAAGGCAUGAAGCAGGAGCUGUCCGUGGCUAAGGAGGAGCAGAUCCAGCUUCAGAGCCUCAGAGCCAAACUGGAGGAGCAGCAGCUGCAGCUACAGAUCAGCCAGGCCAAGAUGGAGGUGUUCGGAGUGAAGGAGCAGCCGUGCGAGGUCAGAGAGAGGUCGAUCAACAUGGACGCCCUUCAGAAAGAGGUGGAGAGGCUGAGAGGGCAGCUGAGGGAGGAGAAGGAGAAGAAGGGCAAGCUGGUGGGAAGCUUCCAGCAGGAGAGACACACCUGGAAUAAAGAGAAGGACAAGGUGAUACGCUACCAGAAGCAGCUUCAAUAUAACUACCUGCAGAUGCUCAGGAAGAACCGGGACCUGGAGAAGAUCCUCAGAGAACUCACUGCUGAGAUGGACAGCAGGACAGAGCUGGACGUGGAUGCACACAGUCCAGAAAUACGCUGCAGUGAACUUGUGGCCACUCAGAUUUAAAAAACACAAGCUACAUGUACAGUAGUAUUGGACUGCAGGUAAAAGAACAUGGGGGACACCCAGCUUUUCCAAAAGCAAGUGGGCUUCCAUAUUUGCAUACUUUGUGCUUGUGUUUUAUGUAAAAAUAUAUGAAUUUAUGCCAAAUUUGGUUUAGGUCACCUCAAAGGUGGACCAUUCACCAAGGAGCCCCUCUGGAACAACUUUGCAACUGUUGUAAACCUGAAUAUACACUUCAAAGACCAUAUUAGAGAGCUGUGGUCCACUCCUUUUGUCUGAAAAUGUGUGUUCAAUGCUCCGUAAAUCACCUACAGUACCUCACAGUGGACAAAUUGGACUCAUACUGGAUUCAGAAGCUUAGAAGAAGGGUGGACGCUUUCUGAAAAGUGUGUUUUUCAAAGCAAUUAUCUGAAUGUUGAAGCUAAAUGAUAAAUAACCAAAGCUGCUUUAGCAUCACUAAAUCCGCUCUCACUUUCUAACCAGUAACAACCAAACAUUAUAACACAAAUCCGGUGUCCAGAUACUUAUGGUCAGCAUAAAAUCACCCCUCUGAUUUUUUUUUUUUAAAUAUUGUCGCCUAAACAGGAAGCGCCAGAUUGAUGCACGAAUGUUGUAUAAGUGUGCAUGCAGUAUUAUUGCAUUAGAUGACUCACAUAUCAUGAUGUUGGCAUGAACUACACUAUUCUAGACUUUAGAUACAGUAUUUAACACCUGUGUAUUAAAUUACAUUAUCUCUCCAGUAUGAAUUUCCUAGCUGAUACUGAAUUAAAUAAUGGUCAGCAAGCAGCUGUCUAAGUCUCAGACCUUGGUGAUGCCACAGUCAUACAUAAGUGACUAAGAGUCUGUGAGACAGUGUAACUGUACUCUCGCUCUCUCUCGCUCUCUCUAUCUCUCUCUAGGUGGGUAGGAUGUCCCUCCCUCUCCCCAAUAACUCAAUCUGGGGAAUUCUAGCCAGUGUGGAUAUCUGUUAGCUGACAUUACAAAAUCCGCCAUUAGUGUUCUCCUCCAAGUGUAUUGCGCUCCAGUAGUUUUGUUUUAUCAGGAGUUUAAAAUGAUUUGUUAGAGCUUCACUUGUCUCCAAGGAGGACCGUUAUAGCCUUUGCCCUCCCAACACUGGUAGCCUAAAUAGUGGGGGACUGGAAAUGACUAAACUGGAGUACAAAAUCCCAGUGUUAACUGGAGUAGAAAAGAAUCUGGUGAAAAGAUGUUAGAAAAUAAGCUGGACAUUGGAACUAUUUUUUCUCUCACCAUGCCCAUUGUUCUUAAUGCAGUGUUAUAACAUUUUUUAACCUGGUUCUUUGUGUGGUAGAACAUUUAAUGCAGGUUCACUACUUCAGCUUUAGAUCCCAAACAACGCUGCUUUAAAACUCUGGACCUGUUUAUACUUAAUCAUUUCAAAGCACAGAAUUAAGUAUUUAAACCAGCUCAUAUCAGAAUGCAUUAUUUAGUAUCUGACCAUUUUAUCAUCCCCUCUUCUUUUACUCACAAAAAAACAUUUUUUAAUAUUAUUUAGUGUUUUCAAUAAGGUUUUCAAGAAAUUACAAACAUUAAAACAUCUAAUAUAUGGGUCACAGAUGGGAGAGCCUCAACAAACAUGAGUUUGAGAAUCCAAGAUGGCUACACUGCACAUCAACAGUAGUAAGAGCAGUAGUAUUAUUUACAGUUCAUCUUUACUUUUAUCUAUUUGUAGAUCAAAUUCAAACAAUGCUGUCCAUCCAUAUGUUGGUCGGAUUCACCAUAAAGCACUGUUAAAUGAUUGCUUUUGGAAAUGUUUUGAAAUAGUACACAGUUAUUUGAAUGUUUAAUAUGAAUUCAGUCAAUUUGUCCAGCUCUGACAUUACAAUCAAAAAAUGGAAUGCAGAAUGUUACUACCAUUGGUACACUAUAUUGCCAAAAGUAAACGCUCACUUGCUUUGUGUUCGGUGAAGUAAGUCUUGAACCCUGUCUUGACUGGAUCAGUUUCUCAGAGGGACGUCUGUGAAAAAUGUUUAAAACGUCUCAAUCUACUCAAUGACGAAACCAGUGUGUUUUUUGGCUUUCUCAGUCACGUGACAUAAUGUUCAGUAGCUCCUCCAUUUCCACUUGCUGUUGUGUUUUACAUGGAUCUCCGUGGAAACACACGCCCAAAGUGUAAUUACGGUGCAUAGCAGUGAAAAAAUAGCUAUUUUAUUAAACGCGAGGUGACGAAACUUAGAGAUGUGAGUCUGGAAGGGAAUAAAAUUACUAGAGGACCACAGUAGGUAAUACAGACUGUAAUUUUUGAAUAUUUUUAGUGAGGAAAUUUCACGACUGGACAAUAACACGCUGGAGUUCACUGAGCCCCUGAGAGCAACCCAUUCUUUUACUAAUGUUUGUAGAAGCAGUCUGCAUUUCUAGGUGCUUGGUUUUAUACAUCUGUGAAUAUGGAAGUGAAUGGACCCUGAGUUCAAUUGAUUUUGAUAGGUGAGCGAAUAUUCUUGGCAAUAUAGUGUACAUUCGUAUUACGGCUUUUCUUAAUAUUGUAUGCACUUAAAAGGGGAUUUUUCAUAAGUUAUUGAGUAAUACAGAAUUAAGAAAUCUCAAUGAACCAUCACAGAUACAUUGAGAUAUAUUACCUUUUGAAGUAGUUCUGCUUAACCCCUUUGAAAAGUAUAUUAGAGACCGAACCAUAGAUCUGAGUAGAGUAUUUAAAACCCCUAAGGGGCUUUGACAGUGAUUCAGUUCUGUUAAGGUAUUCAGGAAAGAUUCAGUGCCAUCUGAUUCAGUUUGAUUCAGUGAUUUGAGCAUGAUUCAGAACUGCACAAACCCAGCUCUUCACAUUAAAGGAGUAUACACAGAAAAAAAAAAAACAGCAAGCUCUUAAAAUAAUGUUCCUUAACAGUGAUGAAUCCACACUUUCUAACUGGGUCUUUACAAUGCACUGAUAUCCUGAUGUAUUUAUACACCUCUACACAAUGUUACAAUGUUUUAUAGUGUAAAUUAUUAUGUAAACUGACAGACAGGCAGACAGAUGUUUACUGUACAUUAACUUGACACUACGACAAAUGCAAGCUUCCAGAUUUGAUGCACUGACUCGUCUCUCACCUGUUAAACCUUUAUCAUAAUAUAAAUAAUUUAAUGAUGAGACUGUUGGGGAUUAAAGUGGUUAGAGUUUGAUCUCUGGAUGUAUAUUUACUGUAUAUAUGCUUAUUUAUUUUGAAUAAAUGUUAAUGUUUUGGAAAAACA